AUGUCAUCCAGCAACAAAAACAAGGACAACUUCGUCGACAAGACAGGUGGAAGGCUGUGUUGCUCCAAAAAUGAUAUGAAGAUCAGUAAACUCAGAAAGGAGAAUGCAUAUCUCAGGAAGUCAUUGGAUGAGCUGUCUGCUCAGAAAGGAGAACGAUCAGAUUCUGGAAAUAACAAGCUUUUAUUAGAGAAAAUCCUGUCACUGGAGACUCUACGGGAGAAGAACGCUCAGCAGCUGCUGGCCAGAGACCAGGAAAUCUGCUCUCUUUGGCAGCAGGCCCAUGCGGCAGAAGGUGAGACAGUGGCCGGUCUGCAGGCCCAGAUAGACCACUAUGUCAGGGAAGCCGACCAGAGAAAAAAACUCUUCCAGUCACUCCAAGCCGAGACAGAGGACGUUAAGAACAAGCUGGUGUCCGUGUCUGCUAAGUGCCAGGAGCUGGAUAGUAGACCUGGCGCUGAGCAGCAGAGCUGCCCAUCAGAUGGACAGGUGCUCACCACCAGUACUGCAAUGAGCCACGACCACCUCACAGAUGCCCUGGAAAAGAACCAGCAGUGGCUGGCCUACGACCAACAGAGAGAGGCGUAUGUGAAGGUGGUGUUGGCCCGGGUGUUUGGGCUGGAACAGCAGCUGAACCAGGCCAAGCAGGCCCUCGCACAGCAGCAUAAAGACGCCCACUCAGAAGAGAGGUCAGUACAGAUACAGAAGCACUAUGAGAAAUUGUUACUGAUGACCAAGAGGGAGCUGGAAACUCAGAGAGAGCAGGUCAACACAGCCCAGAGACAACUGUCUGAGCUGCAGUGUAGGUAUGAGGAGAAGCAGAGAGAGGUGGGAGAGGUGAGGCAGCAGUUCCAGGCGGAGAAGCUGAGUAUCUUGCAGAGUGUCCAGAAGGAGAAGCGUCGCUCUGGGGACAGAGAGGGCCAUCUGUGGGAUGACAUGGAAGAGCUCCAGGCUAGACUAGAGGAAAAGGAGACCAGGUCUGCUGAGCUCCUAGUGCAGGUGAAUCUACUGCAGAAAUCCCUACUAAGCCUGCAUGAGGAGCAGAAACGCGUCACAAUUCUGGAACAGCAGAUCCAGGUGUCCGCCAAAGACCUGGAGGAUGAGAAGCGAGACUGUCAGUAUUUACAACAACAGCUCCACAAGGUGUUGAAGGAGUUACGCAAGGCAAAGGACCACGUUGCCAAACUCGAGUCAGAGAAGGGGCAGAGGGAGUUGUCCCGCCUGUACGAGGCCAGCGCUCACUGCAGACCCCCAGCACCCCUGAAGCGCUCCAAAGAGAGCGUCACCUCCCACUCUCAGGUCCCCAAGCUGCUAGACGAGAGCUUCUUAGAGUGCCCCAGCUGUCGAGCCCAGUACCCCACCAGGCACCACCGAGAGCUGCUGGCCCACCUCGAGCACUGUCUGUAAACACUGUCUGGGCUGUACAGGGCUGGAAGCAUAGAAGUAGGCCUAGAUCUAUCCAAUGGAUUUAGAAUCUAGUCCAAUUUUUAUGGCUGGAAGUACCCGCCCGAUAAGGAAGUCUGGAAUAGGCUCGGGGGGACAUUUUACCAUUCUAAAACGCACUAAACUCCCCUUUUCAAAAUGUUAUAGCUGGUGCAAACGCCAGCUGCAAUGCCAUGGUUACUUUGUGCACUGCGUCUGUGUGUUGAGCAGAGUCAAAUGUAAUUCCUCCAUGUGUACUGUAUGUACCUUGGUCCUGGAUUGCUACUGGAUCAGAUUGGCGAUCAAACUGGAAAUAUUGCUUACUGUAUACUGUAAGGAACGCUGCUUCAAGACAGUGAGUGUAUUUUAUAAAGCCCUUUAUAACUGUUAACUUGUUUACUCACUCAACCUUUGAGUUUUUUGGACAUGUUUUUCUCUCUUUGACUAAAGUGUAAAUCCGUUUCCUGGUUUAAAAUACUUUAGAUCAUUUUGAUGUUCAGACUGUUGGGCAUUGUUGUUCCUAAUGUCCAUUAUUAUUAUCCUUGCAUAAAUCUUCUAAAUACCCGUUAAUUAAAACAAAUAAAGCUUUCUUGUUCUAGAAAUGUAUAGUUCUUGUUUCCAGCUAAGAUGAUAGUUU